GGGGUAUGGCGGCCCAGGACCUGAUUCGACGGAGGGGGAAGUGUGCUUGGGGCCCGCGCCGCCACUCGAGGUCGAUUUUGAUCCAGCCUUUGAUGGUGAUGGGGUCGACGGCCGUGAGGAGUAUGGUAUCCCGAAGCUCUUUCGGCAGUUGGGUGAAGAUGGUGAAUGUGGGUUCUGCUGGUUUUGGUUCUGGACGGACUGGAAGCUUAUUCUCGCGUUCUUCGUCCGAUGAAGAAGAGUCCACCAAGAUGCACACUCUCCCGCCGUCGCGAACCCGUCCUGGAUGUUUAAGGUGGCAUCGCAUGUGCUUUCGCGCCUCCAAAACCACAUCCGACCACCUCUCCCGGUUAGGCGUGUCGACAAAAAUUUCGAGCUCGUCCUUGAUUUCAGGUUCGUCUGCUUCGUCCUCGGUGAAUAACACUUCCUCUUCAGACUGCCCACUUUCCGAAGCCUUACCUUCUCGAGAACCGGUAGACGCCGACGGGAUGAAGUGCGCCAUCGCGAGAAGAACUCGAGUCAGUUUUCGUGGCGGUGGCUUGCUUACCAAGGUCCUAAAUUCGUCCUCGAGAAGUUUUGGCGCUGACGAGCGAGACGACUUUUGGAAGUGGCUCCGCGAUACUUUCUUCCUUCGUUUUACUUAGGACGACGGUUCACAUUCGUUCAGUAAUACUGGGGAAGAUCAUGGAUUAUGACGCUGAGAAAUUUGCCGCUUCUUCGACAAGUGAGGGAUUCAUGAUGUUCGACUCAUGUAUGGAGGAUUCUGUGGGCCAAAGGAUUGUGCUAUCGAACCUUGACGAGGGUGCCUAUUUCCUCGCCUACUUCUCCAAGCAAAAGUGCCCCCAGUCCGUCUCCAUGAUGAAGACGAUGAUCACCGCACUCAAAAACCUCACGAUCUUUCACAGAAUCGGAUAAUACUCUCACACCCUAACGCCGUUGAAGAUGGGGGAGUCGAAAGUUCAACCGUGAACAAGCCACUCAUCAGCCACAAGCCAUAACAAGUUUCAUCUGCCCACGCUCGAGGCGUCCAAACAGAGAAAAAAAAAACACCAACGAAGCGUCUUCGGCAAAUGUUAGCGUUAUUGCUUGUCUUUCC